UUUUAAGACUCUCCCAUAAUGAAUUAGGUUCCCGAUUGGCGGAUCCAAAUCGAUCAAAUAUCUUUGGUAUGCUGCCAUCCUUUCAGGACUUGGAUCUCUCGACUAAUGGGAUUACAAUAUUAUUUACUUCGACCUUCGAAGCGUUAGUUAAUUUGGUACAUUUAGACUUGAGCAACAACGAUAUUGAACUUUUUGAAAUAAGAAUUAACAUGUUAUAUAAUUUAUUGUCAUUGAAUGUGUCUGUUAACUCGAUACAUACGCUUUCUACUAACAUACAGCACCAGCUUGAAUCCAAUGAAAAAAUGAACACUGCGUUUUUAUUGGACUUACAAAAUAAUUCAUUAACAUAUGACUGCAAUAAUCAAGAAUUCCUAAAUUGGUUGUUGAAACGCAAAAAUAAUAUGUUCGGAUUCGAAAACUACAAAUUCGUUACAUCUGACAAUAACGUUUUGAAUGCCAAAGAGUUUUGCGACGACAUUGGAAACCUUGCCUCAAGGUGUAAAUCAUACACGGCUGUCAUUGUUAUAUGUUGCAUAGCCUUGGCGACAUUCAUUUCACUAGUUACUGGAGGAGUAAUACACAAAAAUCGAUGGAAACUUCGUUACAUUUUGUACAUGUCAAAGAAGAGAUCCUUUGGAUAUAGAAGGCUACCGGAUUAUACUGUCAUUGAGAACUAUAAAUAUGAUGCAUUUAUUUCCUACUCUGAAGACAAUAUACGUUUCAUUCGAGACGAGUUCCUACCACGAGUGGAGACAGAACACGUGUCACUUUGCAUUCACCAGCGGGACUUUCUUGCUGGUAACGCCAUCUCAGACAACAUCAUACAGGCUAUCGAUAGCAGCAGAAAAACGGUAGUUAUAUUGUCGAAUUCGUUUCUGAAGAGCAAGUGGUGCAUGUACGAGUUCAACAUGGCGCGAAUUGAGAGGAUAUAUUCUAGAGGCAAUGACGUUUCUCUUGUUAUAGUUAUGCUAGAACAAAUGUCUCAUAGCGCUAUGCCGUUGGAUAUGGUUCGUUGGAUACAGGACAAUAAUUACAUAGAAUACACAACGAACCAAGAGGGCAACGUACUUUUUUGGGACAAACUUAAUAGUUUUAUACGAUCAAUUUAA